AAAAGUUUUAGGAAGAAAGCGCGCAGGGUGCGGGGGGAAGCAGUAGGAUCCCAGGGUGAGAGCGGACCCGGCCAGGAUGAUGAAGCCCGAUGUGAAGCUUGUGAUUCUGGGUGAUAUGAAUGUUGGUAAAACCUCUCUCCUACAUCGCUACACCGAGCGCCGCUUCCAGGAAACGUUCAGCACGAUCGGCGGAGCUUUCUUCCUGAAACAGUGGGGGCGGCACAGUGUGUCCAUCUGGGACACGGCAGGACGGGAGCAGUUUCAUGGAUUGGGCUCCAUGUACUGUCGAGGAGCAGCUGCUGUGAUCCUCACUUACGAUGUGACGAACCGCCAGAGUCUGCGGGAGCUGGAGGAGCGGUUUCUCAGCCUGACUGACACUGCUCAGCCAGACUGCAUCUUUGCUGUGGUGGGCAAUAAAUGUGACCUGACCGAUGACUGUGUGGAGACUGAUGACACCCAGGGACCAGUUCCAACAUCUCCUGCUCCCAGAGCCAACAAACAGGUCUUCAAAGAGGAUGCAAUUAAUCUCUAUAAGCAACUCCUUAAAUACAAGAUGCUAGAUGAAAAGGAUUUCCCACUGGCAGAGAAAAUGUGUUUUGAAACCAGUGCCAAGACGGGCUACAAUGUCGAUCUGCUCUUCGAGACCAUUUUUGAUCUGGUGAUAGCUGGCAUUACGAAGAAGCCAGUGAAAUCCUCUGACACCGUGGACCUGAAACAAAGUAUGAAUUCUAAACCCAGGAAAUCAUCCUGCUGUACUUGAGGGAAAUGGGUUGAGUGUUCUGUUUCUCCUGCACCUUCCCUUGGAGGGGAAAUCCCACUUCACGAUGCAGCGUAAAUUCUGAUGGAGUUGAACUGUGUUCCACAUGCCGUGUGCUUGGAGUGAGACCCAAAAAGGCCAGAUGCUCAUUUUUGCCAUUGUUCCUGUUCCAGAGCAGGUUUAAUGCUGUGCCACCAUGUGAUGGAAUAAACAGAAAGGAGAAUGCCACCCCUCCGAGGGGUCAUAAAUGUUUGACAUUGCCUACUGUCUGUCCAGAGCAUUGUCACCCACUCAAAGUGGGAGCUGUUAUCAAUCAUAUGCUCUAUCAUUGACUUGUGUGGUUGGGAUUAACUCGCUAAUGAGCAGUGUUAGAGGUUAAUUUGACAGGUAACUGAGUAGACUGCUUAGAGCUGGUUUCGACCAGCUUUAGUAUUGCUGAGGGGAGCAGUAGAGAUUGGAUUGUCUCACUCUGUUGUCAAACCGCAAUGCAAUUGCUCAGCUGGUUAUAGACAACUGGAUAGAUUUUCCUGCUGCACAUUAAUGAUCUUAAAUCAGAGACCAAGCUGUGAUGUGAUUAAUGUGACCUUUCCUGACAGAUUAUAAUAAACAAUUUUUCUUACAAUUUUUAAGAAUAUGUAAACAUUAAAUUAACUUUCAAACUGUU